AUGCCAAUUGAUGAAUAUCGAAAUCAUGAUGAAAUCUAUAGAAGUAUACUGAAUUUACCAGCAUUGACAUACUGCAAAAUGAAUCUAAAAAGAAGAUAUGACUAUUCUGGUAAUCCUACUGUGCGCAUGCUACAUGUUACGAGUCCUCUCGAAGAAAUUGUUAUUCUGCAGGCCCUUGAUUAUGAUGAUAUCAUUGGUUUAUUGGCAUGUGCUCCUCAUCUCAAACGAUUAGACUUCAAUUUCUCCAAAUGUCGGGAUAAUCUCCCUGCAAUAGAUUCUACUAUCGCUUCCUUGCGUCUAACACACUUAACUGUUGAUAUGGGUUUGACACCAUUCGAUCAUUUUGAAAGAAUCACCACAAAUCUACUUUCUCACCUACAGGUUUUACAUAUAUCUGUAAAACAAAAUAAGAAGUAUUUAGAUGCGAAUAGAUGGGAACAAUUAAUCUCAUCGUCAAUGCCCCAUUUACGUAUAUUUGAUCUUAAUUACUCCUAUCAUAUAUACGGGAUAUAUACUGAAUGGAAUCUAGCGGAUUGUAAUGAAACACUGAGAAAAUUCAGUUCGCUGUUUUGGGCUCAACACAAAUGGUAUUUUGAGUAUCAACUCGCUGUGAAAGACUAUGAAGGUGAAAUGUGGUUUUUUUCGGUCAAUCCCUACAGGUAA